ACAUCAUACCAUCUUUGCUACGAACUUGAUUUAAGAUCUACCUGCACAGAUAUCAUCUUGUCAACUCAAUUCGGUCACCAGUGCACAUCAAACGCCUCUCUCUCAGAGGAGUUUCUGAGAGACUUGAAGUCCACUUUUCCACAGGGUUUACGGUUUAGCUCGGAACUAGAUUAUGGUAUUCUGCGUUCAUUUUGAUUCCCAUCGCUUGUCCUGAGCUCGAACAGCCUCCUCUCUCCACUCUGCACAAUCUCCCAGCGUUAGUGGUGAUUGCUCAUGAUCCGCGUAUUGGCAGAUUUCGGAUUGAUAUUUGUGUCGUUACUUGUGCACAGUGAAGGAAGUCUCCUGCACAGCACGCUCAUGCACACGAGUUGUGACACUACAACAAAAACUCCAGCACUCUUCAGGACAGCCCAGCUUGCUGAUCGUGUACAAGGAUUCCUGUAGGCCCGGUUACAUUUCGCCCGCGCAUGCUCAGUUGCACAUGUUUCUUCCUUUGUGAGAGUGGAGGAGAGAGUAGGAGAGAAACGAAGUGCCGGUGCGUCCAUUGUCAGUGAAGCUGCUGAAUUUGCGAGACGGAGAAUGAACUCCGCAGACGAGAAGCCGGAGCUUCCUUCCGCCAUCCAGGACCUUGUACGGCGUCUGGAAGGACAAGGCGAGCAUAUAACGCGGCUUCCCGCUUUAAGCGGGCCAGAAUUUCUGGAUUUCUUUCCGGAGCGUGCAUUGCUCUCUACGAUCAUAGGGUGGAGAAUCCAAGUGCGCUCUCGAGUGCUGGAGGCAAUCAGCAACUGUAACACCCUUGAGAUUCUGGACGUGCAUGAUAUUUGUGAGGGAGAUCUAUCCAGGUUAGUGGCUAGGGAGUGGGAAGUAGUGUUGAAAGGUUUCAGCUCUAGCACCUUGCUGAAAAAGAUAAGCCUUGAAUAUUUGAUAUGGAACUCGGAUGCGGAAGUGGAGAGAUUGUGUUUACAGUUGGGGAAAAUUCUGAAUUCCUCUAGCGUAACAGAAUUGAAAAUAGCCCGUUGCAGAAUCAAUGCCAGAUGUUUCUUGAAUCUCGCAUCAGGACUAGGAGUAAAUUGCGAAUCUAAACUCGAGUGUUUAGAUUUAUGGGACGCGUGGGAGGACUCGAGUGCGGUGAAGCAUGUGGCUGACGUGAUCAACAGUGCUCCUCUAUUAGAAAGGUUGCGUUUAGGCGGCUAUCAUAACGACAUGGAUGACGAGACCGUUGGAAUCCUGUCACAGGCUUUGAUCCAGAGCUUGUCUUUGAAAGAAUUGGUCCUAAAGGGUGUGGAGACGGGAGCGGCCUUGUUACUCAGAGCAUUGGCCGGAGAGGAUCGCAACCAAUCUGUUGAACGUCUUCAGCUGUGGCAUAUGGACGGACUCGGAGACUGUUUGAGAGAACUGCUUAUUUCCAACCCUUCAUUGAAGGAAGUGGAGUUGUACCGCUUGAACAUGAGUCCUGAGGAAUGGCACCAGCUCGGCAAAGUCAUACGUUACAAGGCUGUAGCUACAUCUAUACUUGUAAAGUUUGACUUCGACUUUACAGACGACUGGGAGUCAAUAGAAGCUCUUGUGGGUUCUGCUAGCUCCGAUGUCAAGGACCCUACACUGGAGCUUGAACUCGAAACUUCGAGUGACAAUGAGGUGAUCUCAUCAUUGAACCUAUUAGGUAGGGUACUGCGCGGGGAAAUCAAAUCUGUAAAAUCUCUGAGUAUAUUGGCGGAUCUUAUAAAAAUUAUCACUUUCAGUAUCCUCCCGAUUAAUGGUAAAACUGGAGAAACUUCAGUCCUGAAGAGAUGGGAAUUAUCUCUUCGAAGCGAAGAUCAUUGGAAGGGAGUAUGGGAGGAGCUGCUUCGGUGCAUGCGAGGGAACCAUCUCACUCACUUGGAUUUGUCUGACUCCGAACUCGACGAGGAAGCGUUCAGGGACCUGAUGGGGCUAUUGCAAGUAAACUUGGCUCUCCAGGAAAUAGACGUCUCACGAACAUCAUGGGCGAGGGACGGAAAGGCGGCGCAGAUUCAAGAGGCCGUAAAGCAGAAUCAGAAGCGGGCCGUCUACAUGUCCGUGUUCCGAGAGGCGGACUUAACAUUUGGAGAUGCAAAAGCUGGUAGACUCUUCUUAUGCGGCUCUCCUAGAGCAGGCAAGACUCAAUUGCGUAAAACCCUGAUGAGGAUAAAUCAAGGCUGGCUAGGCAAAACCUCUCUAUUCAAUAAGUGGGACAGAUUGUGGAGGACGAAAGGAAUUGAAGUGGAGUUGUUGCAAAACAAUCACAAAAUGCAAAUCUCAAUUUGGGAUCUUGCAGGACAAUGGAUUUUUCGUACCCUUCACAAUGUGCUCUUCCCUCUAACCCACAAUUUCAAUAUUUUUCUUUUUGUGUAUAGUCCCUUCUGUGAGAAAACUUCUUCAAAAAAACCAGAGUCUUGUUUUAGAACUGAGUUAGAGGACUGGUUAAGUUUUAUCACAUCUAGCACUAAGGUCACAGGACAAGAUCUUCCCAAAGUUUUUGUUGUGAUUUCACACAAAGAUAACACCAGAUUCACCUCUUUGAACUGGGCUCACUCCAUAGUUGACAAUCUCACCAAAAGAUUUGCAAAUUUUGUGGAUCUCCGCCCUAUUGAAGAGUGUUUCUAUGUGGAUGCUAGGAAUAAAAAGCAAGUUAUCCCUCUCAAGAAGCACAUUUCCGAGAGUUUUGACAUAUUGUUGAGAGAAAAAUCUCCACAGGUUCCCCAAGUGUGUUUUCAAAUCACCUCCAUCUUGGUUACAAACACCAAGAAGAACAGAAUUUGCCCUCUCUGGCCAUCCAAAAAGUUUCAUGAUUUUUGUACACCCUACUUGACACAGUUCAUUCCAUCAUCUUCUGCUCACUCUAUUGAUUAUUCAAGGAUAAUAGAGUCCGUCAUAUCCUAUUUGAAUGACGUUGGAUCCAUCAUAUACAUCCCUAACCUUGACUAUAUCAUUGUAGAUCCCAACUGGCUCACUAAUACCUUCUUAGGUGAGCUGAUAGCUCUCGGUCAAAAUUUUCAAGCUCAAGGAUCCCAGCCUUCUAAUAGAAUGCGCUCAUACAAAAGCAAGGACGGAUUUGUGAGCGAGAGUGUCUUUGCUGAACUGAUAGAGGAUUUUUUGGGAAAGCAACCACACAUUCAAAAUGUGGACAGAGAGGUGCUUGAAAACAUCCUUAUCACUUUAGAUUUGUGUUUCAAGCUCGAAGAUACUUCUCAGUAUUUUAUUCCUUCCUUCAUCCCUGAGCAUGCAAGCAUGGAAGAACAUAAGCAUCAAGAAGAGGCGUGCGCGGAGUUGAUGUAUUGGGAAAUUAGGUAUGAGACUUCACAAUUUGUCGGCAUUCGGAUUCAAUGUCAAGAUGGAAGAACGAUGUCACUGACUGCUGCAUUUUUUCCACGCUUUCAGAUGUUCAUGAGACGCAAGUUGAUAUCCGAGAUGCAUGUUUCCGAGGAGAAUGUGAUCUGCUCUCGACAUUAUCUGCAACUUUUCCUUGAUGGACAUGAGAUAUAUAUCGAGCACGUUCAGAGUGAAAAGUGCCACAAAUACGUUGAUGUUCUGAUGUUAUGCUCGAGGCAUCAGUCAAGGGAGAUGGCUACUAAAUAUGUGAUGAAGCAUAUCGUCCAGGAGUUGAUAUCAUUUUGGGCAUCACCGAAAGGCUGUCCGGGGGUUGCUUUAGUGCUCGGUGUGAUCCAAACGUUUUGCGUGGAGACGCUGAUUCCGAGUCAUCUCAGAGGAGCCAUUCUGAUCGAGGAGCUGAAAUCGGACUUCAUUCGUGGCAUCAAUGACAAACUUGAGGAAAUGCCGUUGGAUGGGUCUCACUUGAUGGAGAAGAAAAAGUUGUUCCACUACGAGCAUUGUUGGCCCCCGAUUGAAGGGCACAAAGGCAGAAUAUCCGAACGAGUUGGGGAUUUGUUGUGGGAGAGCGAUGUGGAAGAAGUUGUGAAUAAGAUUCGACAGACACGAAUUGGAGAAUUGAAGUCAUUGCACGAAGGUCUUAUUAGCGUUGAGAAUGAUUUGGCUCAGUCGAACCCUGAAGCUGAAUACAUGGUUAGCGACUCGCAUUUCUCGCAAAAGAAAGACGGCAAACCAUCUACAUCUAGCUCCUUGAGUCGGGCCAGCACAAGCAAACCACCUACAUCCAGGUACUUGAGUCGGUCUAGUUCAAGUGUGGAGAAUCGUUCUACCCAACUUGUUUUGUUCAAGAUCGACCAGCUAGAAGAGAAGCUAGUACAAAAGGUUGAUGGUUUGGAUGAGAGGUUAAGAUCAGUGCAGGACAUUAUGUGGAGAUUGGAGAUGAAGAUGGGACAGAUACUCUCUCUGCACCAAGAGCUGCAGUCAACAAUGAGUGACUUCGUGUCGAAAGUGGAUAGGAUAAUCGAGUAUUCCAAUUCGGUUCAGCAGACCAGAAUGCCCAAGCGACCUUACGUUACGAACGAUGUUGGCAUCUUCUAUAGAAUGAGUGCGUCUCUGCAUUUCGGGACAACCGUUUGCUUACGAUUGAUGUGUGAGUCAGUGACUGGGUUUCACAUUGUAGAAGAUCAAGAAGGUUUGAAGAUACGCUUGGACUUGGAAAAUAGCUCGUGGAUUAGUCGUACUAUUGAAAUCUCAUACAAAGUCAUGUAUUAUAGUGUGAAGGCUGGACUGGACUUUUACUUCCGUUUGGGACAAGCCAUUCCGGAGUGGCAAGAUUUAAAAUCUGAUAUUCUUAGACUAGACAAUAUUAGUGAUGAUGAUCGUAGGGCAUUUCUAAAAGGUGGAGAAAGCAAGGAGCUGCAGGAAGCAUGGUUGAGGAUUCAGCAAAUUCUUGCGCCCCAGCUUCAAAAUCGCUAUUCCGAAAUCUUCAAGUUGUAUCAGGUGAAAUACGUCAGUUUAGAAAAAGGUGGGCAUGCAUGGGUGUGCGAGAAGUGCAUGAAUAGAGGAAUUCGAUGUGGAAUUUUGACAUGUUAGUAUUUUGAAGAUGUGAGAAUGCCACUAGGCAAUUGACAAGCAUAUGUGUAGACCCUCAUGCAAUAUACAACUCCUCGCGGUUUUCACAAGAAUAAGUCUCUUAUAAUCUUUAUCAUGUCAAUCGCAA